CGCUCCGUCGCUCGCCUUCGCCAUCAUCGCCGCGCGCCGCGGCCGGGAGUGACGCGCGGGUCCGGCAGCGCCAGCAUGGAGGAGGCGGGGGCCGCCCCCGGCCCGGCGCUCGCCGAGCUGCGGGCGGACGAAUGUUAUGCUGACUUCUUCAGAGAAGACUUUGAUGUGAAAGCUUACACUUCCCAGUCCAUCCAUCAGGCUGUGAUAGCUGAGCAACUGGCUAAACUUGCUCAAGGUAUUAGUCAAUUGGAUAAAGAGCUGCAUUUACAAGUUGUUGCAAGACAUGAAGAUCUGUUGGCCCAAGCAACUGGAAUUGAAUCUCUGGAAGGUGUCCUCCAAAUGAUGCAAACUAGAAUUGGUGCUCUACAAAGCACUGUUGAUAGAAUUAGAGUCAAAAUUGUUGACCCCUACAACAAAAUAGUGUCUCGCACAGCUCAGCUAGCAAAACUACAGGCUGCCUGUGACUUGCUACGGAGGAUAAUACGCAUCUUGUAUCUCAGUAAGAGACUUCAAGGACAACUGCAAGGAGGAAGCAGAGAGAUAACAAAAGCUGCCCAGAGUCUCAAUGAACUUGAUUAUCUUUCUCAAGGGAUAGAUCUGUCUGGAAUAGAAGUAAUUGAAAAUGACCUGCUUUUUAUUGCAAGAGCACGUCUUGAGGUGGAAAACCAGGCUAAAAGGUUGCUUGAGCAAGGUGUGGAGACUCAGAAUCCUACUCAAGUGGGAACUGCUCUUCAGGUUUUCCAUAAUCUUGGGACUUUGAAGGAUACCAUUGCUAAUGUGGUGGAUGGAUACUGCACAGCGCUGGAAGAGAACAUAAAAAAUGCUUUGGAUAUCAAAGUGUUGACUCAACCAUCUCAAACAGUCACAAGAGGUGGCCCUGGUAGAGCUGCGAUGCCAACACCUGGGAACACAGCAGCUUUUCGAGCAGCCCUCUGGACAAACAUGGAGAAACUCAUGGAUCAGAUCUGUGCUGCUUGUGGACAGGUGCAGCAUUUGCAGAAAGUAUUGGCAAAGAAAAGAGAUCCUGUGUCACAUGUCUGCUUCAUAGAGGAGAUAGUGAAGGAUGGCCAGUCUGAUAUUUUGUACAAAUUUUGGACUGCAGUAACCCAGACACUUUCCUCUCAGUUUCAGUCAGCAACAGACUCCUCUAUGUUUUUGAAACAAGCAUUUGAAGGAGAAUACCCUAAAUUACUGAGGCUUUAUAAUGACUUGUGGAAACGCCUCCAACAAUAUAGUCAAAAUAUUCAGAGGAAUUUUAACACAAGUGGAACUACUGAACUUUUUGCUGAGCUACAACAAAUGGAAGAAGAUGCACAGGACAUAUUCAUGCAAAAAAAUGAAGAUUAUGAUCCAGAAAAGGCCUUGAAAGAUUCACUGCAACAGUAUGAAGCUGCCUAUCUGUCAAAAUCCUUGUCUCGGCUGUUUGACCCCAUCAAUCUUGUCUUUCCUCCUGGAGGUCGGAAUCCUCCCUCUUCUGACGAGCUUGACAGCAUCAUCAAAACUAUAGCCAGUGAGCUAAAUGUGGCUGCUGUUGAUCCAGACCUGAGUUUAGCUGUGGCCAAAAAUGUGGCGAAGACCAUUCAGCUUUUUGGUGUAAAAUCAGAGCAGCUUCUGUCUACUCAAGGAGAUGCCAGCCAGGUGAUUGGGCCACUGACAGAGGGCCAGAGGAGGAACGUGGCUGUGGUCAAUUCUCUGUACAAGCUGCACCAGGCUGUUCUGAAGGUUAUUACCAGCCAGAGCUCAUUUCCAGCAGCUGCUGAGCAAACGGUCACAACUGCCUUAAAGGCAGUCCAUGAUCUAAUGGGUAGUGCUGUUCAGCCGCUACUGAACUCUGUAGGAGAUUCAGUGGAAGCUAUUAUCAUCACUAUGCACCAGGAGGAUUUUUCUGGAUCAUUAUCCAGCUCAGGAAAACCAGAUGUCCCUUGUUCUCUCUACAUGAAAGAGCUUCAGGGUUUUAUAGCAAGAGUCAUGAGCGACUACUUCAGACAUUUUGAGUGUUUUGACUUUGUCUUUGAUAACACUGAAGCCAUGGCUCAAAGAGCAAUUGAACUUUUCAUUCGCCAUGCCAGUCUAAUAAGGCCCCUCGGUGAAGGUGGGAAGAUGCGCCUGGCAGCGGAUUUUGCACAGAUGGAGUUAGCAGUAGCACCGCUGUGUCGGCGAGUCUCUGACUUAGGAAAAUCCUACAGACAGCUGAGGUCAUUCAGACCACUGCUGUUCCAGACCAGUGAGCACAUUGCCAGUAGCCCAGCUCUAGGAGAGGUUAUUCCAUUCAGCAUUAUUCUUCAGUUCUUAUUUACAAGAGCACCACCAGAGCUAAAAUCACCCUUCCAGAGGGCUGAGUGGUCCAUUGCCCGCUACUCCCAGUGGCUCGAUGAUCAUCCAUCUGAAAAAGACAGGCUUGCUCUCAUACGUGGUGCACUGGAAGCUUAUGUUCAAUCAGUGAGAACAAGAGAGGGAAAAGAGUUUGCACCAGUCUAUCCCAUAAUGGUUCAGCUGCUGCAGAAAGCCAUGUCAGCCCUUCAGUGAACACACCUGGACAAUGCUCUCACUCCGGGACGGUAACACAGCUGCCACAUACGCAUCCCCUGUUCGUGUAAAUUAUCCCCAAGUACAUCAGCUUUACAAUGAAACGUUUACCUACUUCAUGUCUGAAACUUCCAUCUUCUUGCUUUAUGUUCAUAUUACAGGAACUCACUUAUACAGAAAUAUUAUAAGGAAAUUGUACAACUUUUAUGUGCUGUAAGUCUACAUCUAAUUGAAACAUUCUUAAGCAUUCCUUUUGAAUUUAGAAAAGUAUAAAAUUAGAACUCAAAUAUUACAGUGUAAUUGCUGCAUAUUUCAAAUAAGGAAGCAGCUCUUUUCCUACAAGUAGAGUUUUAAACAGUUGAAUACAUUUUAGCCGUAUUCAGAAAAUUGUACUUUUGAAACGUUUGAAUCAUCAGUUUCCAUCUAAAAAUCACUAAUUUUAACACAAGGAAAAAUAUUUAUAACUAACCUAAAUGCUUCUCUGUUGCACUGCUAUUUGCUUAGAAAUAAUUUAUAUUGAUUUCAACUCUUUUUGCUUAAACUGUAAUAAAGAACAUUAACUAUCCAA